AAAAGUUUUUCGUGCAACAAGGCUUGCAGUUUGUUGACUGAUAGUAUGCGGCCAGCGCUUGAUCUAACUGUUUAGGCUUGAGGCGAGAGAUGACAUCCAACACCCAAUGUAGUUUGCUCUUACCUUCGGUAGCAGUGAGCAUAAUUGAUGUCUGAUUAAAUCAGUUUUUGCUUAUUUACUCAGCUAUCGCUUGGUCAGCCAAAAUCUGUAUCCAAGUAGCAGAGUGUCGAAUCUAUAAAUAUUGAUAGAUAAAGUAUCAAACUUCGUGGCUCGCUUCCCUUGAUCAGAGAAUAAGAAGUAUGCCGCGUCUUUGUCCUCGUGGAAUUGCGCGCAGGCGUGGCCAGACUCGUCCUGCGUUGCAAGUUCGGAAACAAAACCAGAAAUCCAACCAACGGGGCCAACAAGCAACAAAAAAGAAGCAGGUAGCACAUGAGCAGUUGAGUGGAAACGAAAAGCCGAGUCCAAUCGCCGAUAAGCCCCUUCGUCAUUACAAUGUGAUCCGUCUUUUUAGACGAGGAUGGGUCUGGCUCUACCACGCUACUUCAUCGAAAAGAGCCUCGGGGAUCAUUCUGAACAAAAGAUUCCUCCCGGGAGUGGACGGGUCAUUAGGAGGAAACAUCUAUUUCAGCACAAGGCGCGCCGCGGCGGUUCGGCGACAGCGUGCUGUGGAGAACCUUGAGAAGGUCGAAGUUCUAGUGGUCAAGGUUUGGCUAAGGCGAGUUGCGGAAGUCGAGCAAGGGACUCGCGUUGACGGAAGACUGCUCGGUAACGAAGGAUGCGACUCCGCCAGGGAAUUCGGGAACGACGUUUACUGCAUUCCUGGAGAUAGUUGGAUGAACAUUAACAUGAAGUCCCUCGAUAAUUUGUCCUACCCCAACUCAAAUCGCAGAUGGUGGCGGUGGUAAAUGAGAGUCGUAACAGCGAAAGACAUACAUCGACUUCAUCGCGCCUUUCAAUGUUUGUGAGGUACUAUUUAUAAGCAGGGUGCGGCAUCAGGGUACCUUGCUGCGCCACACCAUUUGUUUUGACAAAAAUCCACAUUCUAAGAACCCGCCAAGAAACUUAUGACUACAAAGUUAGAAUUUUUAUCGAUGAACAUCUGUCUGCUGUAUCAUCCAAAAACUCCAAAUCGGUUACUUUCUGUGAUGGUGUUUGUUUCAGUGUUCGCUUGUGAGGGCUGUCCAUUUUGAUUUGCCUACAAUAAUGAUAAAAAUCAGAUGAGCAUGAGUCUUGGGUAUGUGCCGACUUCGUACAUCUUUGUCGUC